CGGCAGGGCAGCAGAACUAUGAUCUCCUGGUGAUCGGCGGGGGAUCCGGCGGCCUGGCCUGUGCCAAGGAAGCCGCCCAGCUGGGGAGGAAGGUGGCCGUGGUAGACUACGUGGAACCUUCGCCCCGAGGCACUAGGUGGGGCCUCGGUGGCACCUGUGUCAACGUGGGCUGCAUCCCCAAGAAGCUGAUGCACCAGGCCGCGCUGCUCGGGGGCUGGAUCCGUGAUGCCCACCACUACGGCUGGGAGGUGGCCCAGCCCGUCCUGCAUGACUGGAAGAAGAUGGCGGAGGCCGUUCAGAACCACGUGAAGUCCUUGAACUGGGGACACCGCGUCCAGCUACAGGACAGAAAAGUCAAGUACUUGAACGUCAAAGCCAGCUUCGUCAGCGAGCACACAGUUCGUGGUGUCGCGAGAGACGGGAAAGAGACUCUGCUUUCCGCCGACCACAUCGUCAUUGCUACUGGGGGGCGACCCAGGUACCCCACGCACGUCGAGGGGGCCCUGGAGCACGGGAUCACUAGUGACGACGUGUUCUGGCUGAAGGAGUCCCCGGGGAAGACGUUGGUGGUCGGCGCCAGCUACGUGGCCCUGGAGUGCGCUGGCUUCCUCACCGGGAUCGGACUGGAUACCACCGUCAUGAUGCGAAGCAUCCCCCUCCGGGGCUUCGACCAGCAAAUGUCAUCGUUGGUCACGGAGUCCAUGGCGUCUCACGGCACGCGGUUCCUGAGGCGCUGCACGCCCUCCCGAGUUAGGAAGCUUGCAGACGGCCGGCUCCAGGUGGCCUGGCAGGACCACGCCGCUGGCAAGGAGGACACGGGCACCUUCGACACCGUCCUGUGGGCCAUCGGUCGGGCUCCUGAGACCAGAAGCCUGAAUUUGGAGAAGGCCGGAGUAAACACCAACCCCGAAAGUCAGAAGAUCCUGGUGGAUGCCCGGGAGGCCACCUCCGUCCCUCACGUGUACGCCAUUGGAGACGUGGCGGAGCCUGGCCCAGCGGCUCUUCGGCCAGUCCACGGACCUGAUGGACUACGACAACGUUCCCACGACCGUCUUCACCCCACUGGAGUAUGGCUGUGUGGGGCUGUCCGAAGAGGAGGCCGUGGCCCGCCACGGACAGGAACACGUGGAGGUUUAUCACGCGUAUUAUAAACCGCUGGAGUUCACGGUGGCCGAGCGGGACGCGUCCCAGUGUUACAUAAAGAUGGUGUGCCUGAGGGAGCCCCCACAGCUGGUGCUGGGCCUGCACUUCCUCGGCCCCAACGCGGGCGAAGUCACGCAAGGAUUUGCUGUGGGGAUCAAGUGUGGGGCCUCCUACGCGCAGGUCAUGCAGACGGUGGGCAUCCACCCCACCUGCUCUGAGGAGGUGGUCAAGCUGCGCAUCUCCAAGCGCUCGGGCCUGGACCCCACCGUGACGGGCUGCUGAGGGUAAGCCCCCAUCCCUGCCAGGCCACGGGCACGCGACGCACUGCCACCGGCACCAGGCUCCUCGGAGGCCAGAUCCAGGACCACCCAAGCUCCUGCCCUCCUGGAGCUCCGCCCCUCCUGGAGCUCCGCCCCUCCUGGAGCGCCCGCGAGAUGGCCUGUGUGGACCCGUGCCUCUGAACCGCCGGCCCGUGUGCCCUGCAGGGAUGGCUUGGGGUUCCAGCCCCUAUCCUGCGCCUCCCCACCACCUCCCUCCCCAGGCCCCCGAUGCCAGAUGAUGACGGCCUGGACAGAAACCCACCCUGUGGGCUGCCCAGUUCUGAACGCUCCCUGGUGUCUUUGGGGUGUAAAUAAAGAGACUGAUUUCCUGA